AUGUUGACAACAGAACUGUCCGAGACUGAGGUCUCUGCUCUCAGAGUCAACAAGGAACGUCUGGCGAACGAUCUUCACCACUCGUGUCAAUGGGGAUCUGGAAUCAGAUGGGGAGAUGGACCUACAGAUACUGGCAUGCAGCGCCUAGCGCUUUCAGAAGAUGACAAGAGUGUCCGCGACUGGUUCAUUCAGACCAUGAAAGAUCUCAAGUGCAACGUCACCGUGGACGAGAUGGGUAACAUCUUUGCUGUUCGUCCUGGUCGGAGAGCAGAUGUACCUGCCACAUUCAUUGGAAGUCACCUUGAUACGCAACCAACUGGUGGACGGUACGAUGGUAUCCUGGGGGUGUUGGCGGGUAUCGAAGUCAUCAAGACUAUGAACGACAUGGGCCUAGAGACGGAGGGCGGAGUCGGAGUUGUCGACUGGACCAACGAGGAGGGUGCUCGAUUCCCAAUCAGCAUGAUCUCAAGUGGUGUAUGGGCCGAGUGCAUCCCAUUGGAGCAUGCGCAUAAUCUUAAAGAGGUUCCAACGGUGGCAUCGCUUCCCACAGCGGCAUCAGCACCAGAGACCAUGAAGAGUGCCCUACAGAAGAUCGGUUACUUGGGUGAUGUUCCGUGCUCAUAUAAGUCAACGCCGAUGGCUGCCCAUUUCGAAGUCCACAUCGAGCAAGGUCCAUACCUGGUGUCGGCAAACCAGCGAGUCGGGGUUGUGACAGCUGUACAGGCCUACAGAUGGUUCCGUCUCAACGUCAUCGGUCGAGAUACACACACAGGAACCACCGCCUUUGAACAUAGAGCAGACGCCCUCUAUGCAUUCGCCCAAAUGAUGGUGCGUGCACGGGAAGUGGCAGCUUCGAAGGGUUGUCUUGCUAGUGUCGGCAUUGUCGAGGCAAAGCCCGGCAGUGUGAACACAGUUCCUGGAGAGGUCAGCUUUAGUUUGGACAUCCGCGGACCUGAGACAGAGCUAGUUGCCGAAGUUGAGAAGGAGCUUCGCACUGCUUUCGACGCUAUUGCUGCCGCCGAGGGUGCUGGUAUUGGUAAACCUUGUCGCGUCGAGUGGACUCUUGACUUCGACUCGCCUGCUGUCAAGUUCCAUGAAGAUUGCAUUGAUUGCGUGCAGCAGUCGGCUCAGGCUGUUGUCGCAGAUGCUUCUGUUGCGGAUACAACGUCACUUGUGCGGACCAUUAUGAGCGGUGCUGGUCAUGAUAGUGUCUUCACCUCCAAGCGUGUCCCAACGAGCAUGAUCUUUAUCCCAUGCAAAGAUGGCCUCAGUCAUCACCCUGAGGAGUUCUCCACUGCCGACGAUUGCGCUACUGGAGCAUCUGUGAUUUUGCAGGCUGUAGUCCGCUAUGAUCGGAAGAGAUUCUUGUAA